UUUAAACUGUCAAAAUAAAUCCAAAUUUCAAAACAAAAAAUUGCAUAUUUGAGCAAUAAGUAUCGUUUAAAAUAGGCAAUUAAUCUGGUCUAGAUCAUUUAAUGUCUGUAUUUGCCUCGGAUUGAGGUCGCAUGACCCUAUUGAGCCUAGAUUUAAUUCUGUUAACGCUUAGCGGUCAAGCUUAUAUAUUUGACCUUCUCAAGGUGACCGAUAUCGCAUCUUGGUAGCUCAGUCAGUCGGUCUUAGGCAGCCGUAGGAGAUUGUUUAGUAUUAAAUUAACUGGAUCAAGAUGAGCGUUCAAACGGAUUCCGAAAAGCGUAAGCAGAUCUCUGUCCGCGGCAUUGUCGCCGUGGAAAAUGUUACCGAAGUAAAGAAGGCGUUCAAUCGUCAUGUUCAUUAUACUUUGGUAAAAGAUCGUAAUGUCGCUACACCAAGGGAUUAUUAUUUCGCCCUGGCACAUACUGUCCGUGACCACCUGGUCUCCCGCUGGAUUAGAACCCAGCAGUAUUAUUAUGAAAAAGAUCCCAAGAGAGUCUACUAUUUGUCCUUGGAGUACUACAUGGGCCGUUCCCUCCAAAAUACCAUGAUAAACCUGGGCAUCCAAGGAACUGUGGACGAGGCUCUUUACCAGCUUGGAUUAGAUAUUGAGGAGUUAGAAGAACUAGAAGAAGAUGCAGGUCUGGGUAAUGGAGGUCUUGGACGUCUGGCCGCUUGUUUCCUCGAUUCCAUGGCCACCCUUGGACUGGCUGCUUAUGGUUAUGGUAUAAGAUACGAAUACGGUAUCUUCGCUCAGAAGAUCGAGAAUGGUGAGCAACAGGAGGAACCUGACGACUGGUUACGGUAUGGUAACCCUUGGGAGAAGGCCCGUCCUGAGUUUAUGCUGCCAGUUAACUUCUACGGCCGCGUGGUUGAUACUCCUCAAGGAAAGAAGUGGGUAGACACACAGGUGGUGUUCGCGAUGCCGUACGACAACCCCAUCCCUGGUUACAAUAACAACGUGGUCAACACAUUGCGCCUCUGGUCCGCCAAGAGCCCUAUCGACUUCAACCUCAAGUUCUUCAACUCCGGAGACUACAUCCAGGCCGUGCUGGACAGGAAUGUUGCGGAGAACAUCUCGCGCGUGCUCUACCCCAACGAUAACUUCUUCGAGGGCAAGGAGCUGCGUCUGCCGCGUUUUACUGAUGAUUGUGCUGGUACUGUCUUCCAUAUCGCCGUCCUUCACAUUACGUAUGAGGAAAAGAGAGACACAUACACUGUGUGCAGUUACAACGCGUACGAGUACUACGAGCGCAGCGCGGAGCUGCGGCAGUGCAUCGAGCAGAUCCGCACUGAUGACGAUGAUUUAGAUAUAUUUUCAUUUGAACAGAAUCCAGCGAAGUGGGCUGAGAUGGUUAUCGAGAAUAUCGCAUCAUCUGGCAAGUUUUCGUCCGACCGCACCAUAGCGCAGUACGCGCGCGAGAUCUGGGGCGUGGAGCCCUCCUGGGAGAAGCUGCCCGCGCCGCAUGAGUCUGCAUAAAUAGAUUUUCAACAUAUAAACAGCCAUCUUUAUUGAUAUUAUCGUAGAUUAGCUGUUGCUCGCGACUUCACCCGCGUUAAUGUUACAGAUAAAUUACCUUUUAAUGGUGAAAAUCGGCCCAGUAGUCUUAGCGUGAAUCAUACAUAUAAAAAUCUAAACCUCGUUAUAAUUAGUAUAAAUUGAAAAAUUUUAUCCAAUUCGCUAUUAGUAAGUAGUUUUGCGAUCGUUUAAAGUUUAUUAAUUGGUAGUUUUGAUGGUACACUUAGUACAGUUAUGAUCAAGUUAGAUUUAGCGAGUUUAAAAUAUUUAGUCCUGUCCCACCUCUGGCUGAUAGAGGCUCGGAUAGCUUAAAAGUGACGUCCCUGUCAGAUA